UUUUUGUAUCCGCCUUUCAGUGAAGAAACUACUUUUUUCGACGCUGCGGUUUUAAAAUAAGGCGUUUUGGGCGAAAUUAAAUGGUACAGUUGCGUUCAUUUUCUUGGGGUUGGCCGGUUGUAACCAGUCUGAUCUGGCUUGUUGCGUCUGCGCAGUCGGUGUAAACAGGAAGAAGCCGUGCGAGCGAAGAGGGUGCACAGGGAAAGAGAAGAAAACAUAGAAAUAUAACCGAAAAGAUCGAAAAAACGCCAUUUCAACACCUGAAAUAGCAACCGAAAAGCAAACCGGACAGUAGAGUAAGACACUGAGAAGAUUCGACUUCGCAUUUGGAGAUUAUUUUAUUUAUUUAUUUAUUUUUAAAACAUCUGCAUUAUAUAAUUAUAUUAAUAAAUUCAAGCGUUAUACAACUGAACAUUUAGAGAAAAAAACGAAUUAACUAUUUCAUUGGAAAGCGAAGAAAGACCGCAAAAUAUAAGCUGUGUUAUAUAUCUCACUAGUUUAACCGAGCUAAUUCCCUCAGUAAUAUACACCUUACAUUACAUUUCGUGUCAAUAUGACUUAUGCGUGUUAAGCGGUAAAGAUUCGUUUUGGACUGAUUUAGGGUUACCUAUUAAAUAAUUUAUAUUUGCAUACAUCGAUUAGUGUGUAUACCAAAAUGGUUCAAAAGCAGAAGCAUGUCGAUGAGAAGACGGCGGAAGGGGAGCCCAGCCACAGCCCAGGCCCGGUACCGGUGGACGGGACUGCAAUCCUGCCAGACUCGGUGGCAGCAGCGCCCCAAGCUGAGACCACAGGCCGCAGGAAAUUUGUCAGCGGUGUGGUGGAGGGAUUCUAUGGUCGACCGUGGACUAUGGAGCAAAGGAAAGAGCUUUUCAGGAGGCUACAGAAGUGGGGGUUAAAUACGUAUCUUUAUGCUCCAAAGGAUGACUACAAACACAGAAUGUUUUGGAGAGAAAUGUACUCUGUUGAAGAAGCAGAGCAACUCAUCACUCUUAUCUCUGCGGCAAAAGAAUAUGGAAUUGAGUUCAUCUAUGCCAUCUCGCCAGGGCUCGAUAUCACAUUUUCCAACCAGAAAGAAGUUGUGACUUUGAAAAGGAAGUUAGAUCAGAUUUCCCAGUUUGGCUGCAAGUCUUUUGCCUUACUGUUUGAUGAUAUUGAGCACAAUAUAUGCCCAGCAGACAAGGAAGUGUUCAGCUCAUUUGCACAUGCCCAGGUCUCCCUGACUAAUGAGAUCUUCCAGUACUUGGGUGAACCUGAAACUUUCUUGUUCUGCCCAACAGAAUACUGUGGAACUUUCUGCUAUCCAAAUGUUUCCCAGUCACCGUAUUUGCUCACAGUUGGUGAGAAGUUGUUACCUGGAAUCGAUGUGCUAUGGACAGGUCCCAAGGUUGUAUCUAAAGAUAUCACAGUGGAGUCCAUUGAAGAGGUAUCCAGAAUUUUAAAGCGAGCUCCAGUUAUAUGGGACAACAUCCAUGCCAAUGACUAUGACCAAAAGAGGUUGUUCCUUGGUCCCUUUAAGGGCCGGUCAACAGAGCUCAUCCCCAGGCUGAAGGGUGUGCUAACCAACCCCAACUGUGAAUUUGAGACCAACUUUGUGGCCAUCCAUACACUGGCAACCUGGUACAAAUCCAACAUGAACGGUGUCCGAAAAGACGUUGUCAUGAGUGACAGUGAGGACAGUACAGUAUCUAUUCAGAUUAAGCUGGAGAAUGAAGGCAGCGAUGAAGAAAUCGAAACGGAUAUGCUGUACAGUCCACAGCUGGCGCUGAAGCUUGCCCUGCAAGAGUGGCUGGGGGAGUUUGGAGUGCCUCAUCUGUACAACAGUCGGCAGGUCCCUCAUAGUGGAGCAAAGAGCACUGCUAUUGAUGUGGCAUCUCUGGUAACGCCAAACCUGGGGUCCUCAACAACGGUUAGCACCAUUUACCACCAGCCAAUCAUGAGCCAAUCAACAGCUCUGAGUGAAGAGCCCCUCCCCCUGAGCAAGGUGGAGGAGGAGGAGGAGGAGGAGGAGGAGGAAGAGAAGAAGGAGCAGCUGCUUCUUCAGUCUGACGAAGAACCCAUGGAGAUGGUGCUAGAGAAACAGGAUGAGCCAGAUACCAAGAAUGUCAACCAGAUCCUGACUGAGAUUGUCAAGGCCAAGAUGACAGAGGAGCUGAAGCCCAUGGACACAGACAAGGAGAGCAGUGCAGAGUCCAAGUCCCCCGAGAUGUCUAUUCAGGAGGACUCGGGGAGUGACAUUGCACCAAUGCAAACAGACGAGCAGCUGAACAAAGAGCCGUUUGUGCCAGGCCCCAAUGAGAAGCCUCUGUACAGCGCAGAGGCGCUGACCCUCGAGGAUCUGACCCUGCUGGCAGAACUCUUCUACCUGCCCUAUGAACACGGGCCCAAAGCUGUGCAGAUGCUCAAAGAAUUCAACUGGCUGAGAGCCAACAGCAGUGUGGUCAGUGUCAAUUCCAAAGGGAAGGAGCCUCAGAAAGUCAAUGAAUGGCGUGCACGAGCAGAGAAGUUUGAGGAGAUGUGCUGCUCAGUGAUCCAGAUGUUCACACGCCUCUCCAACUCUGCCAACAGGACCAUUCUCUAUGAUUUGUAUCCCUACAUUUGGGAUAUUAAGAGUAUCAUCUCAAUGGUGAAGUCCUUUGUUCAGUGGUUAGGGUGUCGUAGUCAGUCGUCAGCACAGUUCUUAAGUGGAGACCAAGAGCCUUGGGCCUUUAGAGGCGGUCUAGCGGGAGAGUUCCAGCGAUUGUUGCCAAUUGAUGGGGCAAAUGAUCUUUUUUACCAGCCACCCCCUGCAAUGCCAACCUCCAAAAUCUAUUCCAUAAGACCAUAUUUUCCAGAAGAUGAGCCUGCUGUGUACAAGAUCUGCAGAGAGAUGUACAAUGAAGACAUAGAGGGGGUUCCUUUCCCUGAACAGCCUGAUUUAAUUGGAGAUAGGUUAGUGGGAGGAUUUCUGACGCUCAGCCCAGACUAUGGGUUUGUUCUAGAGGAUAAUGAGGGCAUCUGUGGGUAUGCUCUCGGCACAGUGGACGUCAAGCCGUUUGUGAAGAAGUGCAAGAUGAGCUGGAUCCCCAGCAUGCAGGAGAAGUACAACAAGCCCGACUCUGAGAAGGACUUGUCUGAGGCAGAGAAAAUGAUGUUGAGUUUCCAUGAGGAAGAGGAGGGCCUUCCCGAGUCAUUUCUUAGUAAUUUCCCCUCCCUGAUUAAAGUGGACAUUCAUGGGAAGGUUACAGACCCUAGUGUCGCCAAGAGCAUGAUGGGUUGCCUCCUUUCCUCCAUUAAAGCCAACGGGUCCCAUGGUGCCUUUUGUGAAGUGAGGCAGAAUGAUAAGAGAAUGCUGGACUUUUACAGCAAGCUGGGCUGCUUUGAAGUGGCAAAGAUGGAAGGAUUCCCAAAGGGUGUGAUCCUCAUGGGAAGGAGUCUGUGAACUAUUCUGAAUGCGAAUGAAGUGGUAUAAAAAUACAUCUGACGUUUGUGCUGCCUUAACAAAAAGAAAAUGUAACCCCCGCAGUCAGGAGAUGCCAAGGUAGCCUUUUUCAAUCAUGCCCAACAAUCCUAGAAAAUAGAUGGUAAAUUAAGACUAGCUCCUGCUGCCUUGGCUUUCUUGUCUAAGUAGCCUGGUUUGAUAGUAAGAUGAUAUUACUAGCGUCAUACUGUUAGAGCAUGAAAACAAUUUGAGCCAUGAAGCCCCUUGACAAAAGGUGGGGGGGGUGGGAGGUGGGGGGGUGAUGGCUGAAUGGACAAGUUCUUAAAGUUAGUACUUCCUGCAGCAGAAAAAGGUAGACAUACAGAAGGUUAGCUUCAUAGACGUGGGAUGAUUUUCAGCCAUUCAUUCUUCAGUAGUCUUGUCCUGUUGUCCUUCCUGGAAUAGCACAGGGAGGUCAGGUGUUCAGGGUCACAACUGCCUUCACUCUUCCAGAUGUUCUUUCUGCUUGUGCCAAGUUUGAAAGCUGGACAGAGUUGAAUAAUCAGCCUUUGCUGUUGAAGGGAUUUUUUCCUCAAAGGCUCGGCAGCGACCACUCGUCUCAAGUUUGGAUUUGAAUUCACUGGCUUCCAGCCUCCAGCUUUAGCCACUUGACCAGUCUGUUUCUGUUAAGCACCAGGUAAGCAAGGUUUCAUUCUACACUUGUCUGAUUUUGGAAUCCGACUCUUGCUUCAUGAAGAUCCAGAAUGUGGUGGGGGUUGACUUGAUUUAUGGUCAGCCUCAAGGAAGCCAACAAAUGUGCAUAUGCUUGUGUUAAUAAUGGAAUGUACAUGGACAGCAUGCUGCUUAUAAUAAUGCUUUUUUGUGAUGGCAGUAAAAUAUAAUUUGACAGUCCUUUUUAAAUGUUUUUUAUUUGUUUACCUUUUUUUCUUCUUGAUCAGUAGUGCCAUGCAGUGUCGCCAAGAGCCCCAGUAAAGCAGACAGGAGGGGCUCAGGCACUAGUAAUGAAAGCCACUCUAUAGAAAUGUAAUUAUUAAAGGGAUUUGUAGCUUUCUGCUUACACAUCUUAUUAGGGUUUAAGGUUUUCUAUUUAAGUGUAUCUUGUUUUACUUCAUCUUCUUGUUGUUUUCAACAGGUAAGAUUAAUAGAUCCAGGAAAGCACUUAGAUUACAGAGUACAGUUGUCUUCAGAACUGGGUCUGACUGACUGUGUUUUUCAUUUAUUAUUGUUGUUGUUAUUUUAUUUAAGUGCUUGGAAACUUAUUGUAAAAUUGUAAAUAGAGGUAUUUGCAUUUCUGAAGAAUUCAAACUAUGUAAGGAACAGGUGUUAUGUAAUAUCGGUUGCCUUGUCAUUCAUAACUCAUUAACCUGGUGGAAUGAAUUGCUGUGAAAUCUAUUCAGAACAAUCCUUGGUGAAGCAGAAUCUGUACAAGAGGCAUUUUAAUAUGGAAGGACAUUGCCCAUAGAUGUCUGUGAGGGAGUUGUAAAUGGUUUUGGUCAACCAGAAAUAGUGUUUUGAAUUUAAAAAAUGUAAGAAAAACAAAGACAAUCUAGUUUAACACAAUUUCUCUAACCAUCCAUGUUUUAUGGUAUGAAAGAAAAGUUCAGUAUUGUGAUAAACUGAUACAUGCAGGAAACGGAAGUCACAAGCAAUGUUCAUUUGUUCAAGAACGUCCCCUGGGGCAAUAACCCCAAAACCGAUUGGAAUCUACAAUACCAAAUACCCACCCACAUGAGUGCGGGAGACCUACAGAGAAGACAGAGCGUACAUACAGCUAAACUAUAUUUAGAAACACAUCUACCUGUCCUCUUGUAUUUCCUGAAGACUGCUCUUGUAGUCCUAACCCGUGGUUAUCAAUUGUUUUACAGAGUUGCAGUUUCCAGCUUCAUGUCAUUUUGUUUUUUGGAUAAGUAAAGCAUACACAUUUAAGAGCUCGGAGGGUUCACGCUGCUAACAUUUAAGAUCUGUAAAUCCAGCUCCAUGUUCAGUAGCCGCGUCUAUGCAGGCAGUGUCACUUCACCCUCUAAUCUGCAUUCACAAUGAUUGUUGAUUCAUCUGUUUACAUUCUCUGUGGCUUUUUUUUUUUCUUUGUAGAAAUGGGAAAUGCCGUUUCUUUCGAUUUUUAGAAACUGAUUCAGAAUAUCAUUUCAGUGAGCAGAUCUCGCUGCACAGGAAAUAUGGUGUUUAUACCUACAACAUUUCAUUACAUGUUAUUUGGGAUGUUCUGUUUGUUUUAGGACAGAGACAAGUUAUGUAAUACGUGUGUGUAACUGAGAUGGUUGGAUACAAAUAAAACCAUUAAAAUGACAACAAUAAACAAAUGUGUCUGUA